UAGAACAAAACUGGAACUCUAACUCUAUGUGUCGACGUGCAAUCAGGCAGGUGAUGAUGGACGCUCGGAUUCUCUUCUUGCUGCUGUUCACCCUGCUUCAAUAUGUUUCUUCCAAUGUUAUAGUAUACCCUUCUCCUCAAGGAAUCCGCUCAUCAGACAAGUUCGACGUAUCCAUCUCUCAAAGCGGACACCAACACCAAUUAUUUGUUUACAUCAGCAAAUCUGACCAACGAAGUAAGCAGAUAUCCCGAACACAACCAGGCAGAAGUAUGUCAUGGACGUCCUUCGCCUUCACUGGAGCUGCCGUCACCGUUGAGGUCCACGCUCCCAAAGACUUCCACAAGUGUCUCGUCAAACCUUCUAGCUAUGGUUACAAGUGUAGGAGAACGGGAAUCAAAACAGCAACUUUCACCGUCUCGCACAACACACGUAUGAUGUCCGUGGAGUUUGACUACGAUUACGGUCUCGGUGUCUCGGACAUCGUCGACAAACUCUUUGUCUUUGCUGACCCACCUGAAGGAAGUGUCCCCUCACCGCACGACAGAAAUGUUCUGUACUACGGCCCGGGAAUCCACGACCUUCACAAGGAAAUAGUGGUUGAUAAGGAUAUAAGGGAGGUAUACAUCGCCCCGGGAGCGUACAUCAGAGGGGGAUUUCAGCUUCCUCAUGGGCGAGUGAAAUUCCACGGUCGAGGUAUUGUUUCUAACGAAAAUUUUGUUCGGCAUGAUGACAGCAUUGGUCAAUCAGCAAUCGAUUUUAAAGGAUCAUCAAACAAUAUAUUUGACGGUGUGACAAUUGCUGACCCUUCUACGUUCUUCUACCUGAGCAACGGGGACGACAACGUUGUCCGCAAUGCUCGUCUUGUAGCGGCGUGGAUGGGGAACUCCGACGGAAUCGGGAUCGGGGAUCGAGGAUUGGUAGAGGACAGCUUCAUAAUAGCUGAUGACGCCAACAUUAAGAUGCACAAGAGUCAUAUGACCGUGAGACGGUGCGUACUGUGGCAGAUGCAGAACGGGGGCGUAUUUCAGACAGGGUGGACGACAGCAUACGUCCGCAACGUCAGCAUCAGCAACAUGGACGUCAUCCACGUCGACUAUUGCAAGUUUAAAGACCCAUGUACUCACUUCAGUUCGAAUGAUGCUGUACUUGACACAUUCGGUAAUACACGUCAUUUUGACAUCAGUGACAUGCUCUUCGAAGACAUACGGGUUGAAGGAUCGUGCCCCAGGGUUGUCCAUUUCGUUAUGAAUCCUGCGGCGAAAGGGACCAUCUCGAACAUAAAAGUCAUCAAUAUGUCUGUGGAAUCUCAGCCAACGAAUGACCCUCUUCAUAAUGAAAUUGCUGGAACUUCCAUUGGCGGACGUAUAACAAAUUGGCAGUUUGUGAACUUUAAGGUCGGUGGUCACUGUAUUAGUAAUCCAAAUCAAGGCGACUUCCGUAUUGAUCCUCAUACAACCAAGGACAUCACCUUCUCCUGUCAUUCGGGUUCAAUAAUUGGAUGACACUUGACACUCGCAACUGUUGUAUAAUCUGUAUUUCAAUGCAUAUACAUCGAUGUACCAGUCGCUCUAGUUCCGGCAGUAUCUGUGGUAGAAGAACUAUGGUAGUUAUUUCAGUUAAAAGGUCUAUAAUCGAUUUGAUAGCAGUCGUUAUUAUGUCAAUAUCAUUGGUGUUAUCAAUUAUAUGUUUUUGUUUUUCUUCCGGGUCUGAGACACUACAGAGAAGGAAAAAUUAUGACUAUCAGUUGAAAUCCCGCUGUGUCCAUCCGUUGAUUUCAUAAGAAAUAAACUGCAGGUGAAUUCACAGCUUUUAUU